AUGAGAAAAAAACAUCAAGAAGAAGCUGAAAAAUUAGAAGAUCUUAUUAAAGCUAAAAGAAGAAAAUUAGGCAAUAUUGUUUUUAUUGGUGAGCUAUUUCAAGUACAAAUGUUAACUGAUACUAUUAUAUAUGAUUGUAUUGAAUAUUUACUUCGUGAUAAAACUGAUGAAGUAAGUCUUGAAUGUUUAUGUGAUCUUUUACGUGCUAUUGGUGACAAACUUGAUGCUAAAGCUAAGAAAAAACAUACAAAGAAGUCCAAAUUGGAAAAACUUUAUUGUGAAUUAAAUACUAUUGUCAAAGAAGGAAAAAUAUCAGCACGUAUUCGUUUUAUGAUUCAGAAUCUUCUAGAAUUAAGACAAACUGCAUGGGGCACUUGUCGUUCUGAAACUAAACCGACAACAAUUGAUGAAAUUCAUGAACAAGAACAUUUAAAUCGUGAAACUACUAUUAGCAGUGCCUAUAGUGGAAGUAGUCAACAACAGCAUAACAAUAAAAAUGAUAAUUACAAUAGUGAAAUAAAACAACAAUUGAGUAUAAACGAAGAAGAAGAUAGAAUAGAAAAUCACUCUCAUGCUAAUAUUUUAAGACAACUACAAUCAAAUGAUAAACGAAAUCAAGUACGAUUGACAAUUAAAUUAAUACCACGAUGUAUACGAACAAAAGAAUCAGGCAUUGAAAAGAAACUUGAAGAAGAUCGUUCAUUUACCGAACAGGAAGAAAAUUAA